AUGUCUCGCUCAAUCAGCAUCCCCGCCGAGAAGCCUCAAAACCAGGUCGUCGCUUCCCCGACCACCACCACCACCCUUCACGACAGGAUGGCCGCUCGACGGGACUCUAUAGCCACCUCCAACGUCCGCGAGUCCAAAGUCUUGCACCCCGUUGACAACGAGCACCUCCGGCUUCUCAUCUUGGAGAACAUCAGCCAGGAGGCCGUCAAGGCUUUCGAGUCGCAUGGCUUCCAUGUCGAUCACCACACCAAGGCCAUUACCAUGCCAUUGGUAUUCGUAGCAAGACGAAGAUCACCAAGCGAGUCAUCAAGGCGGCUUCCAAGGCAUGUCGACCUCGACACCGCUGCCAAGGCCGGUAUUCCCGUCUUCAACUCGCCCUUCUCCAACUCGCGCUCCGUCGCCGAGCUGGUCAUCUCCGAAGUCAUUGCGCUCUCGCGGCAGUACUUCCAACGCGGAUACGAAAUGCGCGACGGCAUCUGGAACAAGCAGUCCAAGGGCUGCUGGGAGGUCCGUGGCAAGACGCUCGGCAUCGUUGGCUACGGCCACAUCGGCUCGCAGCUUUCCGUGCUCGCCGAGGCUCUCGGUAUGCGCGUUCUGUUCCACGACGUGGUCAACAUCAUGCCUCUGGGAUCGGCGCGGCAGGUCGAGGCCCUCACAGCGCUCCUGAACGAGUCCGACUUCGUCACGCUGCACGUCCCCGAACUCCCAGAGACGACGAACAUGAUCACCAAGGCGCUGCUGGCCGAGAUGAAGAAGGGUGCCUACCUGAUCAACAACGCCCGAGGAAAGGUCGUCGACAUCCCUGCCCUCAUCGAUGCGCUCAACCCUCGACGUAUACCCUCCGAGCCGGGCUCGAACGGCUCGCCUUUCGACGAUCAGCUCAACCCCUGGUCGUCGACGCUGCGCUCCAUCCCCAACGUCAUCCUCACGCCGCACAUCGGCGGGUCCACCGAGGAGGCGCAGCGCAUGAUCGGCGAGGAGGUCGACCUGCGCGCGAUCACCGCAGAGCAGCAGGGCAUCCGUGUCUGCCAUGUGCACAACAACAUCCCCGGCGUGCUGCGCCAGGUCAACGAGGUGCUUUCGCCGUACAAUGUCGAGAAGCAGUACUCGGACUCGAAGGGCGAUGUCGCGUACCUCAUGGCGGACAUCGCCGACGUCAGCCCGAGCGACAUCAACAAGCUGCAGGAGCUCAUCAACAAGACGAGUGCCAACAUCCUCACACGGUUGUUGGCGUAG